GUGGGUGGGAAUGGAUGGAUGAGGCGGGAUGUGAUUGGGUGAGGCUUUGGAGUGGGCGGGGCUUUUGGUGGGCGGGGCUAGAACCAUGUGGUGUGCCUUGAUUGGGCGGGGACUGUGGGUGGGCGGGGCUUGUUUGGUGGGCGGGGCUAGAAGGGUUCAGCGGGACUGGAUUGGGUGGGGCUUAUGUGUGGGCGGGGCUAGAUGGAUUGGGAGGGACUUGAUUGGGUGCGGCUUGUUGGAGGGGCGGGGCUACACAGAUGGGGCGGGACUUGAUUGAGCGUUGGCUUGUGGGGUAGGUGGGGCUACAUGGAUACGGCAGUGCUGGAUUGGACAGGGCUUUGGGGUGGGCGGGGCUCUGGGUGGGCGGGGCUAGAUGCAUGGGGUGGUGCUGAUUGGGUGGGGCUUAUGGGCGGGUGGGACCAAUGGCAUGGGAGGAUUUGGGAGUGGGCGGGGCUUAUGGGAGUGGGGCAGUGGGAGCAACAUACGGGGUCAAUCUAUGGGGCAGAGGUGCAUUCUAUGGGGCAGUGGGUCCAAUCUAUGGGGCAGAGGUGCAUUCUAUGGGGCAGUGGGGCCAAUCUAUGGGGUGCAGUUUCAAUCUAUGGGGCAGAGGUGCAUUCUAUGGGUCAGCGGGGCCAAUCUAUGGGGCAGAGGCGCAUUCUAUGGGGCAGAGUUCCAUUCUAUGGGGGAGUGAAGCCAAUCUAUGGGGUGGAGCUUCAAUCUGUGGGGCAGAAGUGCAAUCUAUGGGUGAGUGGGUCCCUUCUAUGGGGCAGCGGGGCACUCUCUUGGGCAGCAGGUUGAAUCUAUGGGGCAGAGCUGUAUUCUAUGGGGCAGAGGUGCAUUCUGUGGGGCAGUGAAGCCAAUCUAUGGGGCAGAGCUCCAUUCUAUGGGGCAGAGGGGCUGAUCUAUGGGGCAGCGGGGCACUCUAUUGGGCAACAGGUUGAAUCUGUGGGGCAGAGCUCCAUUGUAUGGGUCAGAGGUGCAUUCUAUGGGGCUGAGCUCCAUUCUAUGGGGCAGAGGGGCAGAUCUACAGGGCAGAGCUCGGUUCUAUGGGGCAGAGGGGCCAAUCUAUGGGGCAGAGCUCCAUUCUAUGGGGCAGCGGGGCUGGUCUAUGGGGCAGAGCUCCAAUCUACGGGGCAGAAAGGCCGAUCUAUGUGGCAGAGCUGCAUUCUAUGGGGCAGUGGGGCUGAUCUAUGGGGCAGAGCUGCAUUCUAUGGGGCAGUGGGGCCGAUCUAUGGGGCAGAGCUGCAUUCUGUGGGGCAAUGGGGCAAUCAAUAGGACAGAACUGUGUUCUAUGGGGCAGCGGGGUGAUCUAUGGGGCAGAGCUGUGUUCUAUCGGGCAGCGGGGCCAAUCUAUGGGGCCAAUCUAUGGGGCAGAGCUCCAUUCUAUAAGGCAGCCGGGACGAUCUAUGGGGCAGAGCUGUGUUCUAUGGGGCAGAGCUCCAUUCUGUGGGGCAGCGGGGCCAAUCUAUGGGGCAGAGCUCCAUUCUGUGGGGCAGAGGGGCUGAUCUAUGGGGCAGAGCUCCGUUCUAUGGGGCAGCGGGGCCGAUCUAUGGGGCAGAGAGGCCGAUGUAUGGGGCGGGGCUCCGUUCCGUGGGGCAGCGUUGCGGACGGAGGCCGUCCCACAGGCGACAUGGCCGCCCUGCUGCGGUCGGGGCUGAGCGCGGGGCGGGCCGUGCUGCUGAACGCCGUGGCGGCGCUGCCCGCUUUGAUCGGCGUGGGAGCCGGGCUGGCCAUCGGAACCGACGCGGAAGCGCUGAGAUGGGUGUGCGGGGCGGCGGCGGGGAUCUUCCUCUAUGUGGCGCUGUGCGACAUGAUGCCCGCCCUGCUGCAGGAGCGCAGCGCCCGGCCGUGGCUGCUGCUGGGCCUGCACUGCCUUGGGCUGAUCAGCGGCUGGGCGGCGCUGGCUGGGCUGGCGCUGCUGGAGGACAGCGGGGCGCUGUGACACAACUGGGACCUACUGGGAACAACUGGGACCUACUGGGACCUACUGGGGACAACUGGGACCUACUGGGACCAAUUAGAACUUACUAGGACCAACUGGGCACAACUGGGUAUAACUGGACACUGCUGGAGGACAGCGGGGCGCUGUGACACAACUGGGACCUACUGGGACCUACUGGGACUCAACUGAGCACUACUGGGACCAAUUGGGACCAACUGGGACCUACUGGACACGACUGGGACCUACUGGGACCAACUGGGCACUACUGGGUAUAAAUGGACACUGUUGGAGGACAGCGGGGCUCUGUGACACAACUGGGACUUACUGGGACCUACUGGGGUCUACUGGGACCAACUGGGGACCAACUGGGCACUACUGUGCACUACUGGCACAACUGGGCACUACUGGGUAUAACUGGACACUGCUGGAGGACAGCGGGGCGCUGUGACACAACUGGGACCUACUGGGAACAACUGGGACCUACUGGGAACAACUGGAUCUACUGGGCACUACUGGAUAUAAAUGGACACUGCUGGAGGACAGUGGGGCUCUGUGACACAACUGGGACCUACUGGGAACAACUGGGACCUACUGGGGAACUACUGGGCACUACUGGGACACAACUGGGCACUACUGGGACCAACUGGGACCUACUGGGACCAAUUGGGACCUACUGGGACCUACUGGGCACUACUGGAUAUAACUGGACACUGCUGGAGGACAGCGGGGCUCUGUGACACAACUGGGACUUACUGGGACCAACUGGGCACUACUGGGACCAACUGGGACCAACUGGGCACUACUGGGAUCAACUGGAACCAACUGGGACCAACUGGGACAGAACUGGAAACAAAUGGGCACUACUGGGACCAACUGGGCACAACUGGGCACUACUGAGCACUACUGGGAGGACAGCGGGGCGCUGUGACACAACUGGGACCUACUGGGACCAACUGGGCACUACUGGGACACAACGGGGCACCACUGGGCACUACUGGGAGGACAGCGGGGCGUUGUGACACAACUGGGACCUACUGGGACCUACUGGGCACUACUGGGACACAACUGGGCUCUACUGGGAGGACAGCGGGGCGCUGUGACACAACUGGGAACAACUGGACAUUACUGGGAUCAACUGGGACCAACUGGGACACAACGGGGACACUGAUGGACCCGAUGGCACCGAUGUCCCCAAUGGCACCAAAUGGCAUCAGUGUCACCAAUGGAACUGAGGUCUCAGUGACGCAGAUGUCCCCAGUGUCCCCAGAUGUCCCCACUAUCACCAGUAACACCAGUGUCCCCAGUGUCCUCAGCGAUCCCAAUGUCCCCAAUGACACCAAUGACACCGAUGUCCCCACUGUCCCCAGUGAUCCCAAUGGCCCGAAUGGCACCAGUGUCCUCAGAGUCCCCAGUGUCACCAAUGUCCCCAGUGUCACUGGUGGCAUCAAUUUCACCCAUAGCACCAAUGUCACCAAUGACCCCAAUGACACCAAUGUCCCCAAUGUCCCCAGUGCCACCAAUGUCCUCAAUGCCACCAAUGGCCCUGAUGGCACCAGUGGCACUGAUGGAACUGAUGGUCUCAGUGACACCGAUGUCCCCAAUGUCCCAAAUGACACCAAUGGCACUGAUGUCCCCAGUGUCCCCAGUGAUCCCAGUGUCCCCAGUGACACCAAUGGCACCGAUGUCCCCACUCUCCCCAGUGAUCCCAAAGUCACCAAUGUCCCCACUGUCCCCAGUGAUCCCAAUGGCACCAAUGUCCUUAGUGUCCCCAGUGUCCCCAAUGGCACCAGUGUCACCAAUGACACCAAAGUCCCCACUGUCCCCAGUGAUCCCAGUGCCCCCAAUGGCA